AUGUCUACUACUGGUCAAUCAGCUUCACUUGCGCGUCCCCCGCAACUAUAUCGAGUUCCUUCCUCUGUCUCUUUUCCUUCUACACCAUCAUCAACCUUAAAACCUGCGCCUACUCAUCAAUCUAAUUCGACCAAAUCAUCUUCCAGGAUCUUACAAACUCGAAAAACGCCAGUUUUACUAGAAAUCACGCCGCCAAAUGCCGAACACCCGGAACUCAUUUUUCCACUUCCAAGCGUUACCUCACCAACAUCACCAACUAUUAAUCAAUCAAGCAAUAAACACUCUCCUUCUCCUCGGCGUUCUUCUGCUGCUUCAAAUUUUUCUUUAUCAGCUCAUAGAGAAUUCAUUGAACGUAAAUCGUUUUCGGAAAUAACCUUUUUCACGGCGGCGCAAUAUAAAAUAUUAAAGGAUCUAUGUUCUGACAAACCAAUUCCAUUGGAAGACCAAGAAAGCUGGGAAUCUAUUAUAGCAUCACAAAAAUUACCGUGUACGAAUUCUGGUCAGGAUGCUUAUGAUGUUGAAAUGGUGACAGUUGGCUUGGCAAUAGAGUUCGCAACUAAUAAUACAAAAACGGGCAAUUUUAAUACUUUGUUGCUAUAUGCAUUAAGUCAAAUGCGUCAAGUAUUGGAUCAAGCUAAUAAUAAAGAGAUCCCAAUUCAAUGUUACAAUUCUCUCUUCUUGAUAAGAAUAUUUUUAAAGCAUUUUAUUGGAAAUUUAACGGGGAAUGAAAUAAAUCGACAAUUCGAAGGUAUACGUAGCAGACAACAACGUACCCCAUUUCCAUCAAAUAAAUCAUUGGAACAGAGUCGAGAAAAGUUCUUGAAUGGGACAAGUUUAAACAAAUCAUCUAGUGAUAAAAGACCAAUGAUAGUUGAAUUUCUCGAUUCUCUUUUAAAUACUAUCUUAAAAGUUGAUCCUACUAUCAAUGCAUCCUCUUACGAAUUUUAUCAGGAAUGCUUGAAUACUCUGAUGGUUUUGCUAUCCAUACAAAUACAUCAACCAAACGCCGACGAGAAUGUUAAUAAUUUCUUUCUUAACAUUUUACUUCAUGAUUUCAAUUACCUCAUCGAUGACUUGACCAAACGCUUAGUAAUAAAUUUUAUUGACCACAAAGCUGUGCCAUCUGUUUCAACUAAUGUAGUCUACAACGCAUACUCUUUUCUUUUUGCUACUAAACAACCGACUGUAUCCUCUUUUGAUCCGCAUCCUGUCGCUGAGCGAAGUUUGCUGAUUCUUCUCUUAUUAACGGCGCAAUCUUGUGCUUCAAACGAAUCUAAAAGUCAUUUUCGAAUUGGCAUAAGUCAUCUCAAAGAUGAACAAGGUCUGAUGGGUGGCGAAAUGGAAAUAUCUUUUCGGUCUCUAUAUCGGUUUAUUUAUCAACAAUUGCCAUCAGAAGAAAUAUGUCUGCUAUUAUACACCUUUAUGAUUGAAAACGUUGAUUUCCGAGUUUAUGUUUUAUCACGUUUAGACCCAGAAAUACUGCUUCUUCCAAUUUUACGGGUAUUAUAUGAAACUGUAGACGGCAGAACAAAUUACCCUCAGACAUAUAUAAUGCUUACAAUUCUGUUGCUUUUCAGUCAAGAUGAUGUCUUCAAUGAGAAUAUACAAAAAGUGGCAAUAACAUAUCAACCGUGGUUCACUGAACGUAUUCUAAAAUCGAUAUCACUUGGGGGAAUUAUUUAUCUUGUUAUGAUUCGUUUAAUACAGUUUAAUCUUACGAUUCACAGAGAUGUUUUUAUUCAUACUAAUUGUUUGGCAAUACUUGCAAACAUGGCUAUCACCGUUCAGGAUAUUCAUCCUUACGUGUCACAACGCCUCGUAAAUUUAUUUGACAUUGUAGCCAAACGUUAUCAAAAAUUAAAUGUUAAAGCACAACAAGGAGAUGAGAAUUCAACCGAUAUCUCGAUAUAUGAAGAUCUUGCCUGUCUGGUCUUGGAAAUUAUCAAUUCGAUAAUUUCUUCCAAAUUAAAUUCUAACCUUCAAUUAAUAUAUGCGUUGCUGCAUAAGAAGGAUAUGUUUACUCAUUUUCUGACACUUCCACGUUUCUCACAGUUAAUUUCUAAUGUUGAUAAUGUAAUAAACUAUUUCAACACUCGGGUGUCAGAAGCAAAUAUAAAAGCGCCAUCCACAGAAGAGAUUGCCGAAAUUAUUGAAACGGCUGCAAGGACUUGGCCACCUGGUCGGCUACAGGAAUUUCCGGAGCUGAAAUUCCAAUAUGAAGAAUCUUUGUAUUCCGAAAAUUUUUUCUGUCCGUAUAUAUGGACCAUAAUUUAUCAACGCUUUUGGAUUUAUUGGGACGAGGAAAAAGCUCACCUUUUAAAGGAGUUUCUGAUUGACGAAGAAGACAUAGUGACUCCUGUUGAUUAA